CACAUCCAAACCUUUUCAUUAAGAACCACACAUAUCAGUAACCAAUCAAAUGUCUAUUAGUAAUAUAAAAUCAGCGCCAGAAAGAAACCUUGAUACUGAUAGCCGGAGUAAAUGUUACACCAACUUGCCUAUAAAAACAUGCAAACAUUGCUCUUUAGCUCAUGCAAUAAGAACAACAUUGAGCAAAACACUAAACCACCAAAAGUGAUGUCUCUGCUUCCAAGCAGUUCCACUUAUGACAUUAACUUUGAUGGUACUGAAAACUUUCAAAAGUUUUAUGAGUGUUGGAUGGUUCAGCAAAACCAAUAUCUGAAUGAACUUGUAGCAGCUAAAUCAGCUCAAUCUCAGCUCACAAAUGACAGAAUGCAUGCACUGGUUGAUAGGGUGACUGAGCAUUAUGAACAUUACUACAAGGCUAAGUCAAUUUGUGCAAAGAAAGAUGUUUUGUCCAUAUUUUCACCACCAUGGUUAAGCUCUUUAGAAGCGGCUUUUCUUUGGAUUGGUGGAUGGAGACCAAGCAUGGCAUUUCAUUUGUUAUAUUCAAAAUGCAGUAUGCAAUUUCAAGCAAGGUUGAAUGACCUUAUUCAAGGACAAAAAACAUGUGACCUCGGAGAUCUCUCGGCGUCUCAACUCGCUGAGUUCGAUAAUUUGCAAAAGAGGACUGUUAGGGAAGAUAGGGAAAUCACUGAUAUGAUGGCCGAGCAUCAGGAGACGGUGGCUGAUGCUCCGAUGGUGGAGUUGUCUCAUGUGGUUUCUGAGAUGAUUAGAGGAGGAGAGAAUGAGAAGAAAGAAUUGGAAGAGAGGAUUGAAUCAGUUAUUGAACCUAAAGUGGAAGGUUUGAUGAGGAUUUUGCAUAGAGCUGAUGAUUUAAGGCUGAGAGCAUUGCAGGGAAUUGUUAAUAUUCUGACUCCAAAACAAGCUAUUUAUUUCCUGAUUGCUGCUGCAGAACUUCACCUGAGGCUGCAUGAGUGGGGUAAAAAGAAGGAUGUUGCCAAAAGAGGCCAACAAGGUAUUAGGGAGGGUGAAAGCCAUAAUUCCUAACAGUAACAAUUUAUUGGUUUCAACUAAAGGGAGUUUGAGUUAGAUUAGGGUACAAUUAUCUUUCACUACCUUGGAUUUUAUGUUUAUGUAAUGUUCAUCAAGACUAAGAUGAAGAAAAAUAAGGACACAUAUGUUCACUAAGGUAGUAACCUCUAAUUAUAUAUUAUAUCAAGGGGAUACAAUAAUAUUUUGAUGUAGCAUGUUUUCUUUUA